AUGACCCACAAGAGAGCGAACUGUGGCUAUAUUCUCUGCACCGUUCUCCUCUCCGUGGUGAUCCUCUUAGCGGUGACGGUCACGGCUGCCAUCCUCUUCAUGAACCACUACCACACCCCGGUCACCGAGUCCCCGCCCAUCAUCAGCACCAAUCCAGACGAUGCCAACGCCUUGGUCACCAUCGAGAAAGCCGACAGUUCCCGCAUCAACAUCUUCAUCGAUCCCAAUUGUCCGAGCCAAGCCAACGGUUUCAUCCGCUUGGAGAGCCUCCAAACAUCCCUCCUGCGAGUGGUGACGGACCACGACGCGGAGACCAAGUCGUCCAAGGGGCAAGAGAGGGCCUUGCUGGUCGGCCUCUCGGACGAGGUCUCCAAGCUGCUCUCGCACGCCACACAGCUCCGAACGGACUGUGAGAAUUUGAAAAAGGGGCACAGCUCCAUAGGGCAGGAGCUGAACGCCCUCCAGAAUGAACAAGGGCGCCUCAUACAGUUGCUUUCGGAAAGUCAGACCAACAUCGCAAGGCUUGUGAACUCGGUCAGCGAUAUUUUGGACACUCUGCAGAAGGACCGCAGCAUCGUCCGACCACGAAUGAAGGCUGACCUUCAGAGGAUUCCAUCUCGGGGCACGCGGCCAAAAGGAUGUUCCAAUGGCUCACGGCCUCGGGAUUGCUUUGACAUCUACGCCAGUGGACAACAAGGAGAUGGGGUCUUUUCCAUCUUCCCCACUCACUACCCCGAGGGCUUCCAGGUUUACUGCGACAUGACGACAGAUGGUGGAGGAUGGACGGUCUUUCAGAGGCGUGAGGACGGGUCGGUGAAUUUCUUUCGUGGUUGGGAAGCUUACAAAGAUGGAUUUGGAAAACUCACAGGAGAACACUGGCUAGGGUUGAAGCGAAUCCAUGCUUUGAGCACGCAAGGAACCUAUGAAUUGCGCAUUGACCUUGAAGAUUUCGAUAAUGGCACAGCGUACGCUCAUUACGGGACUUUUGCUGUUGGUCUCUUCUCAGUUGACCCUGAAGAAGAUGGCUAUCCAGUCACUAUUGCUGACUAUUCUGGGACAGCAGGAGACUCUUUCUUGAAACACAACGGCAUGAAGUUCACCACUAAAGACCUGGACAAUGACCACUCAGAGAACAACUGCGCUGCCUUCUACCAUGGUGCUUGGUGGUAUCGCAACUGCCACACGUCCAACCUGAACGGGCAGUACCUCAAAGGCCACCACAGCUCCUACGCGGACGGGAUCGAGUGGUCUUCCUGGACAGGUUGGCAGUAUUCGCUCAAGUUCACUGAAAUGAAGAUCCGGCCCGUCAGAGAUGAAAAGUAA